AUGGAAGAAAACGAAAGGGAGAAAAAAGGUGAUAAUAAAGGUGUAUGUGAUGAAAAUGUAAAUGGAGGAGUGAAUAUGAAAAAUGAUAUUAGUGAGUCAGAAAAAUUAUAUCGAUCCAAAAUAGUAAAUAAAAAUGUAAAAGAAAAUGUAAUGUCUGGUAAUGUAAAUACAAUAACAAUUGAAAAAAUUACAAAUAUUCCAAAUGUAAUAUUUAAAGAAAUAAUAAAAGAAAAUAACAAAAAGGAAGAAAAAAAAACACCUACAGAAUAUAUUAUAAAUAAUAACACAAAUGAUGAAGAAAAGCAAAGUUCUAAAACAACAAAUCCAUAUAGUGAUAUAUUGGUUGAUAAAAUAAGACAAGAAAUAUAUCAUAAAGAAAUACCCAAAUAUAUUCCAAAGGGUACUGAAGUAACUGUUAAACAAACUUUAAAAAUCCCUAAAAUAAAACCCAAAUAUGUAGAAGUUCCUGUACCUAUAUAUGCACCGUGUUAUAUUGAAGUACCAAUACCUAUACAAUACAUUCCAGUACCUAAAGAUGAAUUUAAAGAACAUUUUACAUCCGGGGUGUUAAAUAUUGAUAAUAUACCAAAAUAUCCAAAUGUAUAUAACCCAGAUAAUAAUAAAGAAAGAAAAAAUAAUAAAGAUAAUGAUAAAUCUUUUUUUUUUAAUUUAAAACGUGUAUUAAGUAUUAUUUUUCAAUGUACAGAAAUAUGUAAAUAA